AUGAUUAUGCAAUAUUUUCAUGGACAAGAUCUGAUCCGUUUGGUUCAAAGAUUUUUCAAAAUUUUCCAACGCGUCGGUGAAUUGAAGCGACCCAAACAAAUGGGAUAUGGCGGCAAUCGCGAACUUUUCUUAUUAUUGUUGGAAAUGUUUCUGAACCGUUUGAAUUUCUAUCGAUUUCGUGUACGUCUUUUGGGUUUAUUUGAGGUAUCCAAUGAAUUUCUGCGACUCUUUCGACGAGUCCGUGGCCUAUCGGAGAGGGGCAAGGAUAAGACAGGAUUUGGUGGCGUAAGAGAAUUGGUCCUGCUUCUGAUCAAGACAUUUUGCAUAUUCCAUGAGCUCGUGUGCGAAUGGCCUAUGCUUUUUCAUUCGUCUGAUCUUCUUACCUUUUCAUCGGUGCUGUGCGAAAUAUUUGUCGGACUUGGAGCUGGCAUGGUGAUGCAUAGCUGUUUUGUGGGUUUCCUCAGUCUGGGUGCCCUCUUUGCCGAUUUUAAUAGCUAUGUACGCCACGAUUUACGCCGCCAACUGCGCGCUUUGGAGCGACCUCACGAUGCAUGCCCCAAUCGGCGACAUUUGAGGGCUAUGGGCUUUCGCCUGGACGAGUGCUUCGCCGUCUAUGAUGAAAUUCAAAGUGUUGGUCGCGAAUUCAAUCGACUCAUUAAUGUACCCCUCGUGCUCAGUGUAUUGGUUAACUUCUCUGUCAUGGCUAUGGUCUCAUUUCAUGCCAUAAUGUUUUCGAGGACAAUUGUUUCCUACAUUUGGCUUGUGGUGGCCAAACUCUUCUUGGAUAUUGCAAUCCUCACCAUAGCAGUUCACGGAGCUGUAAGCAGUUCCCGUCAAAUACGGCGUCUUGGUCUGGAGAAUUGUUAUGUCAGCGAGCACAAUGAAUGGCAUCUCAAGAUGAUACCCUAG